AUGGCUGCGGCUGCACAACCGAAUGCUGAGCUGUUGGAAUGGCCAAAAAAAGAUAAGCGGCGCUUCUUGCAUGCUGUUUACCGUGUUGGUGAUCUUGAUCGCACCAUCAAGUUUUAUACUGAAGCUUUAGGAAUGAAGCUUUUGAGGAAAAGAGAUGUUCCGGAAGAGAGAUAUGCCAAUGCUUUUCUUGGAUUUGGCUCUGAACAAACUAAUUUUGUUGUGGAGUUAACUUAUAAUUACGGAGUGACCUCUUACGAUAUUGGAACUGGCUUUGGACAUUUUGCUAUUGCAACUCCAGAUGUCUACAAAUUUGUUGAAGGCGUUCGGGCUAAGGGCGGAAUUGUCACUAGGGAGCCCGGUCCAGUUAGUGGUGGGUCAACUGUUAUUGCCUUUGUGAAGGAUCCUGAUGGUUAUAUUUUUGAAAUUCUCGAAAGAGCUUCAACCCCCGAGCCAUUAUGCCAAGUAAUGCUUCGUGUUGGUGACUUAGAACGUUCAAUUAAGUUUUAUGAAAAGACUUUGGGUUUGAAGCUGGUGAAGAAGGUUGAUAGACCUCAAUACAAGUACACUUUAGCUAUGCUUGGAUAUGCAGAGGAGCAUGAGACAAUUGUGUUGGAGCUGACAUAUAACUAUGGUGUUACUGAAUACACCAAGGGAAAUGCUUAUGCACAGGUUGCUAUUGGCACUGAUGAUGUAUACAAGAGUGCUGAGGUAGUCAACAUAGUAACUCAAGAGCUUGGAGGGAAGAUUGCCAGGCAACCAGGGCCAAUUCCUGGCCUUAACACAAAGAUCACUUCUUUCUUAGAUCCCGAUGGAUGGAAAACAGUGUUGGUUGACAAUCAAGAUUUUCUGAAGGAGCUGGCGUGA